AUGACUGGCCUUGUCACCAGCAACGGCACUCAGUGCGCCUGCAUCACUUCCUUCAUCUGGAUCAACAGCACCUGCGCUUGUCCAGGGCCACAGUUCAUCGUACUCAAUAGGACUUGCUUUAAUUGUAACGUGACUACUUUCAAUUUCUCCGGAAAAGGUGUAGCUGCUGGCUUAAACCAAUGUAGUUGUAGAGAUCCUUCCUUUAUCUGGUCUGAUUCACUGCGCAAGUGCAUUUGCGGUGCAAACACUAUCUUCACUAACAAUACUUGCAUGUCCUGCACCAGGUAUGCCAAAACAAUUGUUUCUAAUGACAGCAAUUGCGUUUGUAUUGCUAAUUACACUUUCGAUGUAAAGACUCUUUCUUGUAUCUGCAGCGCCAACAACUCCAUCAUUCGUAAACAGACCUGUGUCGACUGUUCAUCUACUACAAUCAAUGGCCUGCUGAGGACCAAUACUAUCACUUGCAGCUGCAAUGCCACCCUUAACUUGGUCUGGGAUAACACCACUCAAACUUGUGUAUGCAAAUCCAAUACAUUUGCCAAUGGAAAAGGCUGCACAAGUUGCGCCAACAUCACAUAUUCUACCGGAGUUGGAGUGCAAGGAGUUUCCUGUGUCUGCAAGAACACUUUUACAUGGCUUGCCACUUCCCUUACCUGCGGAUGUAAUUCAUCCACUGUUCUCGGCCCCGUCACCACAGCUGCUCAAACUUGUAUCAACUGUAACGCGCUUAUCGGUGCUUCAGGAGUAAGCUCCAAGGAUAGUACUCAAUGCACCUGUUUGGGAAAGUUGACUUGGGAUUCCUUGAAGAAGAUGUGUGUAUGUGCAGAUUCUUCAUCAAUCAUCACACCCGACGGCAGUUGCUAUGUCUGUAGCAAUACCACUGAUCCUAACAUCGUCAAUCCUCCAGUCGAUGCAUAUAACUGCAAGUGUGCAAAUCCUUUCUUCUGGGACAAUCUCAGAUUGAAGUGCAUCAAAUGCACAGAUCUAGCUAACGGCCUAUCAAAGAAAAGUGGAACCGAACUUAGUUGCCCCUGUAAAACAGGAUACUACUUUGACCCAUAUACCAACCUGUGCUUGCUAACUCCUAAAAACGCUUGUGUUGCUGCCAACAUCACCAACUGCCUGAACUGCACCAUUAUUCCAUACGCAGACAUCAUCACUGGCCCUGUUGCUCAAACAGCUGGGAAGUUCCAAGCAGCAAAGGACACCUCAGUGAUCACAAAGCAGUACAGCGCACUCAUUAAGACCUACAACUCAUACCAAUGCCUGUGCUCCGGAGCCUAUCUAUGGGAGCCAACAAGAAGAAGAUGUCAAUCCAUCUUCUAA